AUGGAGAAGCUGGGAAUCAAGCCAAGCUGUGCUUCUUGGAUUUUAUCAAGAUUUUGUUGGCAGACAUCUGUGAAGCAGUUGAAAAGCUUGUACCUGUUUUAUAUUUGCUUCUGCUUCAGUGCUUUGUGGUUGUCAACAGAUGCCAAGGAGAGCAGGUGCCAGCGAGUGAAGACACAGUUUGGUUUUGGCCUGAGAUCCAGGGGAGAAAAUCACCUCCAGCUUCUAGAAGGAACCCCCUCUCUCCAGUCAUGUUGGGCUGCCUGCUGCCAGAACUCUGCCUGUCAUGCCUUUUGGUGGUUAGAGGGGAUGUGCAUCCAGGCAGACUGCAGCAGGCCCCAGAGCUGCCAGGCUUUUAGGACAGACUCUUCCAACUCAAUGCUGGUGUUUUUCAAAAAAUUCCAAAUUGAAGAUGAUUUGGACUUUCUACCUGAAGAUGAUGUACCACAUAUUUUGGGGCUAGGUUGGAACAGGGCAUCUUGGAGGAGGCAGAGCCCACCCAGAACUCCAUUCAGACCCACUUUAUCCAGUGACCAGUGGAGCUUAAUCAGGAAGCUUCGGAAGAGAGAGAAUCCCAGUGAAGAAGUAGCUGCAGUGACACAGCCUUCUAAAACGAAUGAACUUGGUGAUCUAAACAGCACUGGCUCUGCAGAGGUCCACAGCACAGACACAAUUUUUAAUCCGUUAACCACAGACCUGAGUGUGAAGAUUCCUGGUUGGUCAGAUGUAUCAGUUCAACGUGAGGCAUCAGAGGAUCCCGGUGCUACUCCUAGCAUUCAGCAAGUAAAAAGCCCUGAGAAAGUCCAGAUUGCUCACCCUCUGCCAGUGGCUCCCUCCUACAGUUAUGCCACCCCUACCCCCGAGGCCUCUUUCCAGAGCAGCUCCACACCACACCCAGUUAUAAAGGAAUUGGUGGUGUCUGCUGGAAACAGUGUUCAGAUUACAUUACCUAAGAAUGAAGUUCAGUUAAAUGCAUUUGUCCUUCCAGAACCAGAUGCAGGAGAAACCUACACCUACGACUGGCAGUUGAUUACUCAUCCUAAAGACUAUAGUGGAGAAAUGGAAGGGGAACAUUCCCAGAUCCUGAAGCUGUCCAAGCUCACUCCAGGCCUUUAUGAAUUCAAAGUGAUUGUAGAUGGUCAAAAUGCUCACGGCGAAGGCUACGUGAAUGUGACAGUGAAACCAGAGCCCCGUAAGAAUCGGCCUCCUGUUGCCGUUGUGUCGCCGCAGUACCAGGAGAUCUCCCUGCCGACCACUUCUACAGUCAUUGACGGCAGCCAAAGCACUGAUGAUGAUAAAAUUGUCCAGUACCACUGGGAAGAACUUAAGGGACCUCUGAGAGAAAAGAAGAUUUCUGAAGAUACCGCCAUAUUAAAACUAAGUAAGCUCGUUCCUGGGAACUACACUUUCAGCUUGACUGUAGUAGACUCUGAUGGAGCUACCAACUCCACCACUGCAAGCCUGACUGUGAACAAGGCUGUGGACUACCCCCCUGUGGCCAAUGCAGGCCCCAACCAAGUGAUCACUCUGCCCCAGAACUCCAUCACCCUCUUCGGGAACCAGAGCACUGAUGAUCAUGGCAUCACCAGCUACGAGUGGUCGCUCAGCCCAAACAGCAAGGGGAAGGUGAUGGAGAUGCAGGGGGUUAGAACACCGACCCUGCAGCUUUCUGCCAUGCAAGAAGGAGACUAUACUUACCAGCUCACAGUGACUGAUACAAUAGGACAGCAGGCCACCGCUCAAGUGACUGUUAUUGUGCAACCUGAAAACAACAAGCCUCCACAGGCAGAUGCAGGCCCAGAUAAAGAGCUGACUCUUCCCGUGGAUAGCACAACCCUGGAUGGCAGCAAAAGCUCCGAUGACCAGAAAAUUAUCUCAUAUCUUUGGGAAAAAACACAGGGACCUGACGGGGCACAGCUCGAGAAUGCUAACAGCAGUGUCGCCACUGUGACUGGGCUGCAAGUGGGAACCUACGUGUUCACCUUGACUGUCAAAGAUGAGAGGAACCUGCAAAGCCAGAGCUCUGUGAAUGUCAUUGUCAGAGAAGAAAUGAACAAAGCACCUGUGGCCAAGAUAGCCGGGAACGUGGUGAUCACCUUGCCCACCGACACAGCAGAACUGGACGGCUCCAAGUCCUCAGAUGACAAAGGAAUAGUCAGCUACCUCUGGACCCGAGAUGAGGGGAGCCCAGCAGCAGGGGAGGUGUUAAAUCACUCUGACCACCACCCUGUCCUCUUUCUUUCCAACCUGGUCGAGGGAACCUACACGUUUCACCUGAAGGUGACGGAUGCGAAGGGUGAGAGUGACAUAGACCGGACCACGGUGGAGGUGAAACCUGAUCCCAGGAAAAACAGCCUGGUGGAGAUCAUCUUGGAUGUCAACGUCAGCCAGCUGACUGAGAGGCUGAAGGGGAUGUUCAUCCGCCAGAUCGGGGUCCUCCUGGGGGUGCUGGACUCCGACAUCGCUGUGCAAAAGAUUCAGCCGUACACGGAGCAGAGCACCAAGAUGGUAUUUUUUGUUCAGAAUGAGCCUCCUCACCAGAUCUUCAAAGGCCAUGAGGUGGCAGCGAUGCUCAAGAGUGAGCUGCAGAAGCAAAAGGCAGACUUUCUGAUAUUCAGAGCCCUGGAAAUCAGUACUGUCACAUGCCAGUUGAACUGCUCUGACCAUGGCCACUGUGAUUCAUUCACCAAACGCUGUGUCUGUGACCCCUUUUGGAUGGAGAAUUUCAUCAAGGUGCAGCUGAGGGAUGGAGACAGCAACUGUGAGUGGAGCGUGUUAUAUGUUAUCAUUGCUUCCUUUCUCAUUGUUGUUGGCUUGGGGAUCCUGUCUUGGACUGUAAUCUGUUGUUGUAAGAGGCAAAAAGGAAAACCGAAGAGGAAAAGCAAGUACAAGAUCCUGGAUGCCACGGAUCAGGAAAGCCUGGAACUGAAGCCAGCAUCCCGAGUGGGUGUCAAACAGAAAGGCCCGGCGCUGAGCAGCAGCCUGAUGCGCUCGGAGUCGGAGCUAGACAGUGACGAUGCCAUCUUCACGUGGCCGGACCGGGAGAAGGGCAAGCUCCUGCAUGGUCAGAACGGCUCUGUGCCCAAUGGGCAGACCCCGCUGAAGGCCCGGAACCCCCGUGAGGAGAUCUUGUAG